GCUCAAAUCCGACCAAUGGGGAGCCGCGGCCGUGGUGGAGGCGCGCGGCUCGACCAAUGGCGAGGCAGCUUUGAGUCGGCGAGUGUCCAUGCCAUCCUCCAUGUUGAACGUCUCGGUUCUCGCCCGGACGGAGUCAAACAUGGUCUCCUUAGUGAAUAUAUGAUAAUAAGUGCACCGAAAAUGUCCUCGAUAUCGCAGGGCUUGGAGUUCCUUGACCUGGAUGGGGUGGGAGAGGAUGUCAGCCAAUAUCUGGUGGCACUCUGCCGGGAGAGUAACCCUGCUGUGCAGGUGCUGGCCACGGAGGUGCCCACCGCCCCUCGGAGGGUUGGGGCCACCUCAGAGGAACAGGCAGCGUCCUCCCCUGCUCUGUCACCAUCCCCACAAGUAACAGCUGCCGACAAGGAAGUGGAGGAGCCUCCAAUGCUGAUGGACCAGACCAUUCCUGACAUUGGCCAGGAGGAAUUCGCAGGACCAGGGACUUUCCUCCCUGAUGGGGGCUUCGUUGGCGAUGGUAAGGUGAGUGUGAUGGCUGACUCUCGACCACCACCACCACCACCCCAGGCCACCUCCAUCACCAGCACCACUAUCACCACCCCAACCACCACCACCACCACUGCUGCAGCUGCCACACUGGCCACCUCUGUGCCUGCAGAGAUAGUCCCAGUCAGGGACUUCAACGUGCCUCCACCCAUUAUCUCUUCGCAGAACCAGCAGGGAGCCCCACAGGGAGGCCAGCAGAUGUUCCACCAACCUUAUCUGUCAGCUUCCCCUAACAACCCCCCAAUAUAUAACCCACAUAUGCCCCCCCCUCCACAUCCGCAGCCUCCGCCUAAUAACUUGUACACUCAAAUCCCGCCGCCUACUGUUUUGCCACAUGGAGCAACAGUUUAUGUCGCUAACUGUCAUGUCAACCUUUCCCCCUAUAAUGGAGGUCAGGGGCAGGCACCUGUUAUCACAUCAAAUGCUGGACCAUCUCAGUCUCCUCCAGCUGCCCCUGUCAUGCAGUCUGUGCCAGUCAUGUCUGAUCAGCCUGCUGUGCAUGUACCUCCCGUUGUCAAACCCAUGCAUGAGAAUAAGCCAGAGUUCGAGAACAGGAGGUUUGACCAUUUCCGAGGGGGCCACCGUGGACGUGGACGUGGACGUGGACGUGGUAAGCGAAACAACAGUGAGAGAAGCAACUCGGUCAGCAGUGACCACUCAGGGUAUGGCAAUGAGAAACACUACGCAGAUGGCAUGGGACCCCCCCAGUAUGGCCAUGUGGCUGGACCCUAUAUGUAUCCAAAUGUGCAUUACCCAAUGCGUGGAGCCAAUUAUCCACAUUACCCUAGUGUCCCAGCUGCACAAACUGUUCAGGGUGUACCACUUAUGUACCAGCCUCAACAGUACUCCCAUUAUGUACAGUAUCAGGCUCCAAACCAGGGCCACAUGAUGCCCUACCAGCAGCAGACAAUGCCUCCUGGCUCGCAGCAUCCCAGCACACUCCAGCACAUGCACCAUCAGCUGCCACAUCACCAAUCAACUCACCAGCCUCCACAGCAACCUCCACAUCAUCACCAGCCUCCGCCGCCUCUACAACACCAGCAGCCUCCGCUUCAUCAUCAUCAACAGCAGCAGCCACACUACCCACAACAUGAGCCACAGCAAGUUCAUGUACCUCAUCAGGAUCAGUUUCAUGUACCAGCACAGCCACAGCAGCAUCAGCAGCCUCCCCCUCCACAGCCACAGCCACCACCCCCUCAACAGCCUCCUCCUGCAAUAUUGGAGCCCCAGCAGCAGCCACCAGUAGCUCAACAUACACAGCAGCCAGCAAACUAUGAAUCCCAGGAAGCUCCAUUGCCAGUAGAAGGCCAAACCAAUGGGCAGUUUGUGGCCGACUCUCAAGCUGCUGCUUCACAAUUUGAAAAUGAUGGUUCAGGUGAUGUACAGCCAACAGAUGGAACAUCAACUUCAGCAGAGAUACCUAUUGCUGUAGCAGAAACAGAUAAGUCUAAUUCCCUCAUCACACAGACAGCUGCCUUGUCCUUAGAAGAUCCUGUAGAAUCAGUAAUCACUAACAUUCCUGCAGAACCUGAACAACCAGUUCCAGAUAUUCAGGAGAAUAUUCCUAAUUCCACUCAACUGGUUUAUGAGGAAAACCAUGCUCCAGUCUCUCCCCCCAUAGCCAAACCAGUCACAACCCCAGACAUGAAGGAGGUUAAAUCUCUCUCCAACAAGCCUCAUUCUGCUCAGAAUGGAUUGGGUUCAUCUGGUAAGCCCCCUGUGCAUGAGCCUCAGAUUCUAAUCCCCAACUUCAAUAAAGGGAAGCACAUGCAGAAGCUGGCUGUUGACAUUACCGGUAAUCAUACUACUUUGUCCGAGAUAACCUUCAUGUCGGAUGAGAUUCAACCUAAUGUUGAUCCUCAGGAGCCAGUGGAAUUUGUGCCGGUCCCCAAAGCAGCUGUGAUCAUUCCACCUGCAGUCUCCCAGAGUGUUUCCCCAGUCAAUGUUCCUUUCAAAGCUUCCCCUCCUUCAAGUGUGGAGCCUCCAGUCCCAUCAGGAAACAAGAGCAGUGCCUCCUCUUCAUGGGCAGCAAAUGGUGGGACAGUGGUAAUAGCUGGUGAUGGUGGGGUGGUGCCACCCAGUACUCCAUCAGUGGCCAGUCCUGCUCUUUCAGAAGUGAACAAGAAGGAGGCUGUGAUGCCCGAGAUGGCAGCCAGUGCCCAACCCGGCGGAGCUUGGGCUCAGAAGAAGAGCUGGUCCCAGUUGUUCAAGCCAUCCGAUGAAGGAGCGGCCAAGCAAGUGGCUUAUGUUGCACCCUUCAACCAGGAGACAGAGAAGCUUCGGGAGGAGGCAACAGAGAAGGCCCCUGACCAGCCUACAUCAGAAGUGGAUCUGGAUAAGGUCAAAAUUGGAGGCAUGUUGCGAGAAUACAACCAAGACCAUCGCCAGGUUGCUCUUCAGCCUCGAGGACUGAUCAACAAGGGAUAUUGGUGCUAUGUUAAUGCUCCUCUGCAAGCCCUGCUAGCCUGCCCUCCUUUCUAUAAUUUAAUGAGAAAUGUGCCCAACAUUGCUGGGCUCAAGAAGGGCAAAUCUUCAACACCAGUUCUGGAUAGCAUUGUGGAGUAUGUAAAUGAGUUCUCUGAUAUGGCUCCCAUGCUGAGGACAAGCAAGAAAGACAAGAACAAUUCAGCUGCUCGCAAAGAACCAGAAAUAGUCAAUGGCCCACCAUUUGAACCAUCGUACGUCUACAAGAUGUUGGCCUCCUUGAGUGGGGAAAUGUUUACCGAGGGUCGCCAACAAGAUGCCGAAGAGAUGCUCUCCGUUGUCUUGAAUGGCUUGCACGAUGAGAUGGUGGAAGCCUUGAAGCUGGUAAAUGAGAAUACUGCAGCCUCAGGCAGCAAUUCGGUCAAUGGCUCCGUAAACGGGGAAAAUGUAUCAGACAAUGAGGAAAUGUCAGAUGAUGAUGAAUGGCAGGUAAUGGGCCCACGCAAAAAGUGCUGUGUGACCCGAAGGGCUCACUUCUCCCCAACCCCCAUUAGUGCCAUAUUCUGGGGGCAGCUAAGGUCUGUUCUUCACCAGGCAGGAGGCCAACCUACUGCUAACCUGCAGCCAUUCACCACACUGCCGUUAGAUAUUCAGUCUCCAAAGGUUGAGAGUGUUAGAGAUGCUUUAGAGCAGCUUGUAAGCCGUGAGGAGAUUCCAGAUUUUACAUGCUCAAAGACGAACCAGGAGGUGACAGUGUGCAAACAAGUAUUCCUGGAGCACCUCCCUCCCAUCCUAAUUCUGCAACUCAAGAGGUUCAUUUAUGACAAGGAUGGUGGCCUGCAGAAGAUCAUGAAGAAGGUCAACUUCCCCAUAGACUUAGAAGUAACCAAAGAACUGAUGUCAACCAACAGUCGAGGGAAAUACUCGGCCCAACAGAAGAAGUACAAGCUCCUGGCUGUUGUAUACCAUGAUGGGAAGGAAGCCACUAAAGGUCACUACAUCGCAGAUAUAUAUCAUGGAGGUUACACCUGCUGGUUGAGGUAUGACGACAGUUGUGUGAAAGCUGUUCCAGAAGCCAGUGUCCUUCGCCAUGCCGCACCCAGGGUGCCCUAUCUCCUAUUCUACCGUCGUGGAGACACCAUGACAAGGCCAUCAACGAAAACCAAAUCUUGAAUCUUGAGGACCUUGCUGAAUAUUAAGAGGCCAGGACUCGCAGAUUCCUCUCAUGGGAGAGAAGCCCUUCAUCCUUAGGUCCAUGGCAUGCUCAGAUCAAUCAUCUUGGGAAGGGAGAGUAUGGUUGCCUGGCCCCACCUAUCCUUGGUAUGUUCUAGCAGUACCUGGAUUGCAGGAAAGGCAUUGAGUUACAGCAACACAUGCAAGGAAGGACACCAAAAGUAGCCAGCAACAUGAAGUUAACAAGUGUCCAUAAUCUGCUUAACCUUUUGUACCCAAGGAAUGUUGAAUACUCAUGAUAAUGACACUAGUUUAUUUUAAAGGAAAUUUGAACAUUUGAGGAUUAGUUCUUUGCGUCAAGUUUGUUAUAAACAACAUAUAUCUCUAUAGUUAGUUUCACCAGACAAGACAUAGUAAUAGGUGUUAUUUGAUGAACAUCUCAAAGAUAGAUGAAAAGAAAACAAGGAGGAGAGUCAUUGAAAAAAGAUUGUGAGUGGAAAGAUAUUAACAUCAAAUGCUAAUGGAAAAAUGGAACUCGCUUUUCUCGUGAGCAGUUUUGUAAUAGCCAGAGAGAGUCAGAGCUAUUUACAAAUGACAAUGGACUCCAAGUGAAAGAGUUGUCAAGGGGUUUAUCCUCUUUGUAGGCUUCCAUUAUUCGUUUGGAUGGAGAGUGGGAAGUGGUGUGACUUGAUUUAGAGAAUUACAAACCAUUGUUGACCAAAAAAAAAAAAAUAAAUAAAAAAAAGAAAAAAAAAAGUGAUAACAGUGGCCAUGAGUUACACUGUUAAUAUGUGUGCUUGUAUGUCAUUGUGAUUGGGUCUCUAGGUAUAUUGUUGCAAAUUUUCAACUUUGGCUCUGGGUUACUGUUAAUGACAUGUGCCUGUCUUUAAAGUGUUCAGAUAUGGCCCACUUUGAAACAAUAAUAUAUAUUGAAUUAAAUGCUAUCAGUGUGACAGAUAUGUAUUGUGCAUCUGUCAAAUUUAUCUAGCUCUAAAGAAAAAAAAAAAAAAAAAAAAAAAAAAAAAA